CUCCCGUAUUCAGUGUUCACCCUCCAGAGUUUAUUACUGAAUUAUCGAUAACAAAAAGCAAAAAGGUUGCAUGCUAAUUUAUGUAUUGUAGUUUACAAUUUAAUUGAGUAUCGUCAGUGGGAGCAGUUAGAAGCGGUGUAGUUAACGUAAUGGAAUCGAUUACCUUUGGAGUUUUGACUAUUAGUGACACAUGUUGGCAGGAGCCGGCAAAGGAUACAAGUGGUCCUAUAUUAAGACAACUGAUCGGUGAAAAUUUUGCCAAUACCCAGGUGAUUGGAAAAAUAGUUCCGGAUGAAAAGGAUCUCAUACAGCACGAGCUACGUAAGUGGAUCGAUCGGGAGGAGCUGCGAGUAAUUCUGACUACCGGAGGAACGGGAUUUGCACCACGGGAUGUGACCCCAGAGGCCACUAGGCAGCUGCUCGAUAAGGAAUGCCCACAACUAUCAAUGUAUAUUACACUAAAGUCCAUCAAACAAACCCAAUAUGCGGCUCUUUCCCGUGGAGUCUGUGGCAUUGCAGGAAAUACUCUCAUCUUAAACUUUCCUGGUAGCGAAAAGGCCGUAAAAGAGUGUUUCCAGACCAUUAGGGAACUCUUGCCCCAUGCUGUUCACCUUAUUGGUGACGAUGUGUCCCUGGUGCGGAAAACACAUGAAGAGGUCCAAAGUUCCGCACGCCAGGGUCACAUUUGCCCCAACAAAACGGGAACCGGCACAGAUUCCGAUCGAAACUCGCCCUUUCCAAUGCUGGCCGUUCAAGAGGUGCUUUCAAUAAUCUUUAACCAAGUGCAAAGGACCAAUCUGGAUAAUAUUCUCUUAGAAAUGAAAGCGCCGGUUAACAUUCCACCCUUCAGGGCUUCCAUCAAGGAUGGUUAUGCCAUGAAGUCCACUGGAUUUUCUGGCAGUAAGCGUGUUUUGGGAUACAUAGCCGCCGGAGAUGUACCUACUUCUUUGCCGCUGGCAGAGGAUGAGUGCUACAAAAUUAACACAGGGGCACCGCUACCCCUGGAGGCAGAUUGCGUAGUACAAGUGGAAGACACUAAGUUGCUGCAGUUAGAUAAAAACGGACAGGAAAGCCUUGUUGACAUAAUGCUGGAGCCACAAGCUGGUUUAGAUGUUCGGCCUGUGGGUUUCGAUCUAAGCGCCAAUGAUCGCAUAUUUCCUGCUCUAGAUCCUUCUCCCGUGGUGGUCAAAUCGCUGCUGGCCUCCGUGGGCAAUAAGUUGGUUAUAUCUAAGCCCAGGGUGGCUAUAGUGUCCACUGGAAGCGAGCUUCUUUCACCGCGCGAUCAGCUUACUCCAGGAAAGAUCUUCGACUCAAAUACCACCAUGUUGACGGAGUUGCUGCUUUACUUUGGUUUUAACUGCAUGCACACGAGUGUGCUAAGCGAUAAUUUUGAACAGACUAGGGAAUCGCUGUUGGAUCUCUUUGAAGAGGUGGACUUUGUCAUUUGCAGCGGUGGGGUCUCCAUGGGCGAUAAGGAUUUCGUAAAGUCCGUGUUGGAAGACCUUAAAUUUAAGAUCCACUGUGGCAGAGUGAACAUAAAGCCAGGGAAGCCCAUGACCUUUGCCAGCCGGAAUGAUAAGUACUUCUUUGGUCUGCCCGGGAAUCCAGUGUCAGCAUUCGUUACUUUUCACCUGUUCGCCCUGCCCGCCAUCCGCUUUGCUGCUGGCUGGGAUCGCUGCAAGUGCUCCCUUCCUGUGCUUAACGUGAAGUUGCUCAAUGACUUCAGCUUAGAUAGCCGCCCGGAGUUCGUUCGGGCCUCAGUGAUUUCGAAAUCUGGAGAGCUAUACGCCAGCGUCAAUGGAAAUCAAAUUAGUAGUCGCUUGCAGAGCAUUGUGGGUGCCGAUGUUUUAAUAAACCUUCCUGCACGUACCUCUGAUCGCCCAUUGGCGAAAGCUAAUGAAGUUUUCCCGGCCUCCGUGUUGCGCUUCGACUUUAUCUCCAAGUACGAAUAAGAACUACCUAAACAUAAUAGAAGAAGCUAAAAAACUCAGACAAUACAGAUACAUUAGCAUAAAGCUUUAUUUUUUCAUGUAUGGUAACAUUAAAUAAAAUGUUCAACAAUUCCACCGUUAGCAGUGUGAACAAAAACGAUUAAAAAGUAAAUAUUAUAAAAGCCUUC